GUCCGGCCUGGCGAUGGACAGCCACCGCGUGGGCGCGGCCACGGCAGGACGCUUGCCCGCUUCGGGCUUGCCGGGCCCGCUGCCGCCCGGGAAGUACAUGGCCGGCCUCAACCUCCACCCGCACCCGGGCGAGGCCUUCUUGGGCAGCUUUGUGGCCAGCGGGAUGGGGCCCUCGGCCUCGUCCCAUGGGAGCCCGGUGCCCCUGCCCUCUGACCUCUCCUUCCGCUCCCCCACCCCCAGCAACCUGCCCAUGGUGCAGCUGUGGGCCACCCAUGCCCAUGAAGGCUUCUCCCACCUGCCCAGUGGGCUGUACCCAUCCUACCUCCACCUGAACCACCUGGAGCCCCCCNGAACAAGCCGGGAGGACCCAUAG